UUUCUGGGGGUUUUUCAUGGUUUGCCUGAUGACUUCUCAGUGAGAUUUUCUGUUUUUAGAGAGCACACCAUACAACCCUGACUUUUAUCACAACAUAGUUGAUCACAGCAUGAUACCACUUCUAUUUUAUCUGACAAAAUGUUUUAUACAUUGACAUUUUUGUGCAGAAUAGAUCAUUUUGAACUUCUCUUCUUAUUUUUAAUCAGGUGAGAAACCAAUAAAUAAAAACAAGCUGUUGAUUUCAAGAUUUUGUAGUGAAAGUGAAUUGGAGGAAACUGUGUUUGAGCUGAUUGCUUCUAGUGACAACUCUGAUACUUGGACCAUGGAACAAAGAGAAAACAUCAGUGAUAAGAGUAAAACAGGAGUCUUCACUGAGCCAGCCUAUGCUAUAGACAAGUCUGAUGAAAUUGAUUGUGUUGAUACUCUGUUCGGUGAACUUGCAGAGGGCGUCAACUGCUCUGUUUCAGGCCAGGCAUAUUCCAUAAAUGUCUCAGAAUUAAAGUUUCCAGAUGAAAGCUUAGCUUGUUUCAGUUCAUCACUAGAUGCAGAACUUGAAACUUACAAUAAAAUAAGAGAGAGGAUUUCCAAAGUGUAUGAAGACAAAAGUGAAGCUGGUAUGUUGGGAAAGGUCUGCAACAAUAUACAUUUCAGUUACAAGGAGAGUGACGACAGACCCAAGAGUGAUGUAGAUGAAGACUCACAACUAGAGUAUCACAGUGCUGAAGAGCAAGAUUAUUCUGGUCAAAAUACCUCAUAUAUGCCUUUUGCGCAAAUUAAAACUCCAAGGACACAAAAUUCAGAAGUUCUGGAGUUGGGAGAGCCACUUUAUGAAGUUAUAUGUGAUGGAGCCAUAGGUGGGCAAACUCCUGUUAGCAGAUUAGGUGAUGGUUCUUUUCCCUUGGAUUAUGGUGCUGUUGAUGAGUUUUAUAAUAAAGCAGCUAUACCAGAAUUCUCAAAAACAUCUCAGGACUCCAUAUCACAGAUGGAUUACAAAGGCCUGAAAUGUGAAAAUCAUGAAGAGGAACAAACUGAAGAUACAUAUCAUAGUAAACUUGGUGAAAAGUCAUUUGAAAGUGAUACUGUUGUGAAUAGAGAAUAUCAAAAAUCACUCUCCACGAGCAGUUCAGAAAAUCAACAAAAGAUGGAGGCUGUUUCUUUUUGUGAUGUUGCACAGUCAUCACAAAUGGCUAUAAAAAAAGUGUUUAAAAUGAGCGAUACUAACAGCAUGUUGCAGAAGCAUGGAAAGACUUGUGUAUUACCAUGGGAAAGAUCUUCUGUGACAUCCACACAGAUUUCUAGCAAAAAUGCAGACUAUUCAAUUUCUUGUAGUUGUGAAGAAUCAUUUUUGUCUGCAUUUAAUUCUGAUUGUCAUGAUUGCAGCCAGAAGACUGUUGAAAGGAAACCAGAUUUUUCUUUUGCACUCCCCAGAAUUCCAAUGAAAGAUGGUCAUUUGUCUUGUGUGGAAGUUAUAGAUAAGUAUGCUGGUAAUAGUACCAGACAUCAAGUAGAUUUUCCUGACUCAGAAAUCAAGUGCCUCACAUGCUUGAAUAAUGCUACAAGUAAUAAUAAAGUUACAGUUAACCAGAGUGUUGAUGCAAGUUCUGAUUUUAGGGCUUGUUUCACUACAAGCAGAGCUACUAGUGCUAAUGCUUCUGUGGUAUCUAAAGCAAACAACACAAAGUUAACAAUGAUGAACAAAAUCAAGUCUGAAGAAUGGCAGAGUGAGACCUGUAGAAGUAUUGCCUGCAAUACAGAUUUGUCAUGUGUAGGUGGCAGUAUGGAGCAGAUUGCCUCAUGGCUUGCUGAGACAUGGGAAAAUUGUAUCUACAGUGAAAUCCCAACAACUGAAUGGAAUUCACAAAUUAAGGAUCCUUUGGAGUUGAAAAAUAAGUUGAGUGUCAGAGAUUUAAGAGAAAAUCCUGACAGGAUGUUGCAUCUUAGCAAAGAAAUUGAGAAGAAUUAUUCAUCAAACUGUUGUAGGAUGUUGCUGCGGAGAGCUAUAAAAGCAGAAUUGCAGCUUCUAAGAACUCACUAUUGGAUGUGUCAUCAGCACUGCUGGAAGAUUUACAGACUUGUUAUAGAAGAAAGAGAAUGUUUUAACAGGAAUUUUAAAAGUGACAUUUCCAAGACUGAACUAGGGUCAUCUUUGUUGUCUGUUUUUGAAGAACUGAAGGCUAGGUAUGAAAGCAUGAGAGAAAAAUUAAUCAUGGGUAUACCAUUGGAUUCACUGCCCCCAUUAUCAGUAGAGUCAAAAUUGCUCUCGAUCUUUUCUUCUUAUGUUCCUUCAAAGUUAGUGAAAGACAACCUUCUUUAUAAUUCUAGUUCUGCGGCAGAAAAGUCAGGCUUGGAAAUGUCAAAACAUCAAGAGAGUGAAAUUUCCUCCAGCCUGAAAAGAACACCACCUUUAGUCACUCCUCAAAUGUGUUUAACUGACAACAGGCAGCAUAAGCAAUAUCCUUCCUACAAGAACUUUGAAAUAAAGUAUGAGGCUCAAGAUAUAGAAAGGGACUGCAGAAAAAAUCAAGAAAUAAAUGAAGACUGGUUUGAUGCUAAAGAAAACUUUACAGUGACUGAUUUUUCAGUAACACUUCUAGGGAAUGAAAAAGAACAAGAAAAUCUAGAGAAGGUCAUUAGUAAAAAAGAAAUAAAGAUGGUGAAGAAUACAAAAAGUGAGCCAAAUAAGCAUUAUUUUAUUCAUGUUGGUGGCUUAAGUCCUUCAGUAUCAGAGGCUGAUCUAAGGUCUCAUUUCCAGAAGUAUCAGGUUUUGGAGGUUUCAAUAUGUGAGUUUUCUAGUAACUACAGAUAUGCAUCUCUGAGUUUUAAAAAAGCUAGUAAAGCAAAAUUGGCUGUGGACGAAAUGAAUGGGAAAGAAAUAAAAGGAAAAGCAGUAAAUGUUCGUCUUGUAAAAACUGUAGGAGAAAAUAUACUUCCAGCUUUUCAAAAAGUUUCCAGACCACUUCACUAUGAAAACCAAUCCACUGAUAAUUUGGAAGAAAAUAUUCAAGUCAGAACUACCUGCUCUGUCCCGGACUCUUUGAAAGUGCCUUCCACCACCUCAACCUCUUUGAAAGUGCUUUCCCCUCCCUCAGUUUCUUCAGCAAUGCCUGCCCCUACCCUGGCCUUUUCAAAAGUGCUCAGCUCUGAUUUAAAACCACUUGCACAUGAAUCAGGACACCUUUUCUUCUCAGUGGAUCAACAGAGUACAAGAGAGAAUCCUCUGCAGAUAAAACCUGUUCAGUUCUCUCCUAAUCCAUCUGCUACCUUUAUACCUCCUAACACAUUGAACUUGAGCAGCUUUACCAAAUUGAUGAAGAAAUUAGAAGAACUGCAUCCCAAAGCUAGUAGAGAUAAUAUUGUGGAUGCUUUGCUGGAGGUCAGAACAAAUAAUAAAGGUUUCCUAAGUGGCUUGUCUAUUAAUGUUAUUGUGGAAAUGGCUUCCUCUGUUCUGAAGAAAUCUGCAUCCAAAUGUGAGGAAAAAGUAGCAUAAAGAGCAUUACUAGCAUGGAUGCAGAAAAGACCAAGAGAACCAGUGUGGAAAAGUGCUUGUUUUUUUAAUAAUUUUUAGUUUUAUUUACAAAACAUUUGUAAUACUUGAAAGCCUUGAAAUGUGUUGUGUUCAAGUGGAUGAGCAUUCUCAAAAUAGUAUUUUAUAAACUUUCCUUUGUAAUUUUUUGUUCCACUCGUGAAAAGGUAGUCACAACAAUCUGUAGCGAGAUUUUGACUUUCAUUGUGUGGGAGCUGGAUAAAAUGAAAGCAGCCUUCUGCCACUGAGGCUCUGAAGCAACCAAGUCAUUAGUUGCCAAUGGGAAAAAAAUAACAUCUGUGUAAAAACUGUAAUCUUAUUAGAGCAUGUUAAUGAGAAAAAGGUUAAAAAUAACUUUAAGAAAAGUUUGCUCUUGUUAAAGUUUGUUUAUAGAUAUUCCAGUAUGUGCUUUCAAAUUUCCUGUGGAUGAACAUCCUUUGAGGAAAUACCUUUUGAGUAACUUAGUCAGUCCUGGAAGCUGGUGUAACAUCUAAACGUAUUUUGCAGCAUAUUAUGUUUAACACUGUAGUGUGAAACAAAUGUUAUGUCACAGGUCUUCCAUACAGCAAGUUACCAGUGUUUGUUUUGCAGGAGAGCGCGAUAUAAAUACUAGUUGUAGAUUUUGGUUUCACAAACUCAUAUUUAGACUUCUAAAAAAUAAAUGUUUGUAAAUGUUGCAUAUGGUCUUUAUUUCUUAAUUUUGAAGCUAUAUUUUAAAUUUUUCAUAGAUGAAAAAUGUAGUGCAAUAGAAAAAUGACACUGAGGUUUUUGUAUUGCCAACAUGUAGCACAGUGUAAAUGCAUCAGGCCAACUUCCACUUUUUGAAGUGCUGCAUAAAGAUUGUGGCAGUUCAUUAUAAAGCUGUUAAAACUCAGAAUUUCCACUUCAGGGGAAAUUUCAACAUUUUAGAAUUUCCCACAAAACAGAAUUUCCAAAAAAUUUCUGUUUCAGUAUUGUGAAAUUUGCUUCAAAUUUUAUUGUAUGGGUCUUUUCAUUUAUAUAUUUUAUAUUAUUUCAUAACACGUCAGAAGUAUUAGUACAUACUACAUAUAUGUCAUAAUGUCAGAGGUAAUGUAAUAGUUGAAAAAAACUAUUUUCAUUUUAUUUUUAAAAUCAAAGGCACCUGUU